UAUCCAAGUGACCUCAGCCUGCAUAUUGUACGGCACAGGUUUUUACUCACCGAAGACGAACUGAACCAUGGUACAAUCAGUUUAAUCGUUUUUGGUGACUUUGAUGUUUCUAUCAAGUUUUCCGUGUGCAGCUUUGUUCGUUGGAUAUAUAUUUGUAGUAAAUUUUAACGUUUGAGGGUCUCAUGCUGUUACUGCUUUUUUGGCUAAGCUAUCUACUUUUUUCAUUACCUUGUACUCGAUAGUGCGCACGUAACGUUAUUAGUGUUCUACCAUUUACCAUAUACCAAGCAUCGUAGUUUUCACUUUUCACAGUUGGAUUUAAAACGUCCACAACAAUCAAAAUUCCUUCCCUGAAUAGCGUUAAGUUUAGCAAAAAUGCGGAUGGAAAAUUUGGUAAUAGCAAUAAUAUGCCUUAUAUUGUCCGAUUUAGCUUGGAACUAUAAACAAUUCCGAUUUAAAAAAAAUAAAAAUCCCACAAAUAACGAAAAUUUCGUAGAUUCAAAAACUGAUUGUAUUAUUUGAAACCGUGUUACAAUGUAUCAUUUUUAUACGUAAGAGCGGGUAGUUUUUGUUGUUUUUAAGUUUUCAUUUAAUUUCGGGAAUAACGAAUAUCCAUGCGUGAGUGUUGAGAAGUAGUGAGGCCUCUCCCGAUGGCGAUAUUGAUUUCUUCCAUCUGCAAAGGCGACCCAGUCGCAGGCGUAGCACGACCCACAACAGAUGUAGCUCUGAAUCCGUGUUACGAAGAACGAUGGAACCGAAAGUCUCGAGCUGGACGCUCUUCGUGUUCUUCCAGUUGGGCUGCCUCGCCCUGGCCAACAGGCACACGUCGACAAGGAGGAACGCCAACGAGUUCCAAACGUGCCUGGAGAGCUUCGACAUCCACCAGGACAAAAUCAUCAGAACCCAGGAUUCGAGGUCCAUGGGUGCUAAAUACCUGAACGAAAGGGACGUGGCGUCGAGGGAAGAUUGCCUCAGGCUCUGCUGUGAAACUGACAGCUGUGAUGUAUUCGUUUUCGAAGAAAAAAGCCCAGGAAGUUGCUAUUUGUUUGAAUGUGGCACCUCAGAGGAUUUCAAGUGCAAGUUUACCAAACACCAAAAUUACACAAGUGCUGUUCUAGCCGUUAAUCGUCAACUCACUGAACUUGAGUCCCAAAUUAAGUUCACACAGCAUGAGCAUGAGCUUACAAAAUUGAGAGAGCCUUCAAACCCUUUGCCACCGCCUACAACUGUCAAGUCGAUCACACAACCCCCUAAAACAAAAGAGCUGGCAGAAUUCCCACUCGACAAUGGCAACAGCCAGCAAAAAAAGGGAUGCAGUAAGUACCAGUUCGAAUGUCACACGAGAAAAGAAUGCAUCGGAAUAUAUAAUGUGUGUGAUGGAAUACCACAGUGUGCAGACAGCAGUGAUGAAGCUGCAGAAUUGAGAUGUCCAAGUCAACAGAGCACAGUUGCACCAGUUAAAACCAUCUUAGUCACUCAAACAUCUCCAUCUAAGAACGAAGCACCUCAAGAAAUAUAUCCAAACACAGACAAUCGCAACCCUGAGGUUCUAAUUUCAGACAAUAGCAAGAUGCAGUGGCCUCAGCACCAGCAGUAUGUUGCAGAAGGUUCACAAAUGACUUCAAAUGUUAUGUCAAAUGGGCAGAAUGUCGUUCAAGUAAACGCCCAGAAUCCAAGAGCAGGAUAUGGAAGAGAAGGAGAAGGGAUGUUGAACUACCAUCAAGACCCUCAGCAAUGGAAAGUUCCAUAUCAUCAAAACUCAGGACAAAGCCAAAUUUUUACUCAUAAAGGAAAUGGACUUGUGCCUCAAUCUGACCAUUACCAACAUCCUUAUCCACCUCCAGAAAUUCCAAGGGUGAUGGGAGGAUAUAAUGAACAGCCCAACGAUCUUUCGAAGUUCUACUAUGAGAAUGGACCAUACCGAAUGUUUCCUCAGAACCAACCUAUAAACAACAACUGGCAAUCUGGGAGGAGAAUCCAUGAUGGAUCAAUAAAUCCGAUGGAAGAGGGUUCUGUAAAUCGUGUGGAAAAUAUGCCACUGCCGAAUAACAACCUUGGCCCUGAUUAUUAUUAUGAAGAAGCGUACAGAAACAGAGCACCACCGUAUAAUGUUGGCCAACAGCCUGUUUACAACCCGCAAAGGAAUCCAGCUUCUUUUCAAAAUAAGGAAAUAAAACAACGAGUCCUGACUGAUGAAACUCCUAAACAAGUUGCAAAUGGGCAAAAAGAAAUUAUUUCAACAAUUGCACCUACAUCUGUUGUUAAAGAAAGUAUCAGUCAUGACAUUGAAAGUUCACACAGGAAAGUAGAAACACUUUCUGUGGAAUCAAAAGUCAAAGAAACGCUUCUUGAUGAACAAGAAGGUCAUAGUACCAACCCCAGCGGUGCUAUUUUAUCACUAGCGAUGGGUCUUUGUAUAACAGCAAUCAUGAUUAUCUUGGUCGGGUGCAGGAUGAGGGUGGUAAGGAGGCGUAUGAGAAGAGGAGGCAAAUCAAGCUAUGCGCACGAUGCCGAUUUUUUGGUCAAUGGAAUGUACUUAUAAAUGUCUUAAUUUCACUAGGCAUUUUGUAAAUAAAAUGUUGUUGAGAAGUUUAGCAUUUUUAGAGAUUGUUUAUAAUACAAAGGGUAAUUUUGGCAUAUCCGUUUUGGAACUAUAAAAUUGUGAUGUCAAAAGUAUAUUUUUCCUUCAUUUUAUAAAUUAAUUUAUAGCAUUAUUAAACAAUUAUGUGCUAUGACAAUUAAACAAUGCAUGUAUCUAUUAAACUCACUCAUUAUCAGUGAGUGGUACAAGAACAUAUUGUAAAAAUUGGCAAAUUACAUUUAGAAAACGCUCCCAUGUUUAAAAAUACACUGUAAAAUAUUACUAUUGAUUUUAUACAUAAAUAU